CGAAACUUCACGCUUCGUAUUCAACCUGGCCACGAUAUUUCGUCAAAAUCCUGUGCCUAUUGUGACUACAUCGCUUCUCCCUUUCUUAUUCGCCGAGACUUACUCCAGCGCUUACUGGAAUACCGAUCGGAGCUAUCCGGAGCCCUGACAUUUGUGGAAAUGUUCCUGAAACAAAAACAAUCACCUGAGUACUAUACUCUACAAACGAUGUCUUGUAUUGAUGUUUUGUUCCACGUUGCUGGUGAAAGCUCCGGGAUUCGGGGCCAAGGUGUGGCGGAGAUCCCAAAACACUUUUGGUUCAACCUGGCCAAGCAUUGGACGCUUGAUCGAGUUAUUCUUCCUGGUCAAGUGGAUUACAAAUGGACCUGUCAGGAUUUAGAUAUUUCCUGCCGUAAGUACCAAAAUGCAGGUGUAAUCCUGCCUCGAUGCUGCCUCGAGGAGCUGUCGGGUUGUGUUAAAGGAUUCCUAAAUUUGGCAUCGGAAUACAACAUUUCCGUGUUUGUGUUUGCCGGCACAUUGGUUGGCGCGGUUAAGACUUACGGAGGAUUCCUUCCUUGGGAACGCGAUGCUGAUAUUGUCUGGGAUCCUUUCGCCUACGACCACAUACGUGGACCCAUUAGUAAAAGGUUGAAAGACAAGUUUCAAUGUGACCUUGGUCCUGUACGACUGGAAACAGCUUAUGGCGAUAACGUAAGUGCGUGCGCCCAAGCUCUCAAUACUUCAUGUCUUUAUUAUAAACUCCAUUCACGGUCUUGGAAUAUUGAUCUUUGGGGUGAUCCUCAUCUUGAACCUUACCGCUUAAAUGGCCUAAUAAAUCCAACGCAGGUAUACUUGGAUGGGCUAUGGGUAUCCACGGUCCCCAACCCUGGCCGUGUUGCUCGCCAUCGUUAUGGAGAUAACGUACUUGGUCACGUGCAGCACUGGCAAGACUACGGACUAAAGACGAGCUGGGAGAGCUACGCGAAUUUCGAAAAGAAGGCUUUUCUUCCAUGUCCGGCCAGAUUCGUACGACAUGCAUGCUUAUCGGGAAACUAUUUACCGCACGGAAAUAUCCAGUUUCAGGAUUUUCCACCGUAG